ACAUCACCCAUCAAAUAUUGUGCCUAAAUUACAUAACAGUAUCUAUAUAUAUUUUAGGGUUUAAAUAACCAUUUUUAAUCGACACCUUGCUUCUUGCUGUUCCUCACAAAUCACAAACAACAAACCCUCCGAUUCUUCGCGACUACUACCUUGGUUUAGAUUCACCUGAUUCCAAUUCAGAUUUCAGUGUGUAUGUGGGUGUAUACAGUAUAACACCCACAUACAAAAAAGUUACAGAUUUUGUAAAUUUGAAGCAAAGUUUUAGAUUGAGAAAGUAAUGGGGGACGAAAAGUUACCGAUUAGCCGAGAGAAAGAUCGGGAGCUUCUUAUACCCGUCGCUAACACCGUCGAUGACGCUGCCGCCGCUUCUCCAAAACCCUCUUCUUCUUCAACUUCAUCAUCUCAUAACGCUGGUCGCGAGACUUUUGGCAAAGUUAUCAGGAGCUGGGCUUCUAAAAAGUUCAUGACAGGAUGUGUCAUUUUAUUACCCAUGGCUAUUACUUUCUACAUUACAUGGUGGUUUAUACAUUUUGUUGAUGGAUUCUUCUCUCCAAUCUAUGAUCAUCUUGGCAUAAACAUAUUCGGUUUAGGGUUCAUAACCUCAAUAACAUUCAUAUUUCUAAUUGGAGUGUUCAUGUCAUCAUGGUUGGGUGCAUCUGUUUUAACCCUUGGAGAAUGGUUCAUUAAACGCAUGCCAUUUGUUCGCCACAUCUACAAUGCAUCCAAACAGAUCAGUUCAGCCAUUUCUCCAGAUCAAAACACACAAGCAUUUAAAGAAGUUGCAAUCAUUACACAUCCUCGAAUCGGUGAAUAUGCAUUUGGAUUUAUUACUUCAUCAGUCACUCUUCAGAAUUAUUCGGGAGAUGAGGAGCUAUAUACAGUAUAUGUCCCAACAAAUCAUCUUUACAUUGGGGAUGUUUUUUUAGUGAAUUCAAAAGAAGUUAUCAGACCAAAUUUAUCUGUUCGUGAAGGAAUAGAAAUUGUGGUGUCAGGGGGAAUGUCAAUGCCACAGAUGAUUUCAACAAUGGAUGCAAGCAGAACUAGAAACUCAGGGGAAAUCUCAAGAUAUUAGAUGCCCUUUUAUUAAUUGUACUCUUAUUUACCAUCAGAUUUAAAUGUGGUGUGACGAUUUUACCCUUUCCGAAAGAUAGUUGACGUUUAUUUUUAUUUUUUUGUAAAUCUGGAAAAAGGUGGUUGUUGUAGAUAUUCUUUUUUUUUUUUUUUUUGAAAAGACUUGGG